UCGAGAAUAAACGAGGUUACAGUUUUUAUUCAGUUGAUUUAGUGUCAUAUGAAAUCAGUAGAUAGGUAGCCUAUUUGAAUUGGAAAUAAUUACAGUGAUUUUGAAUCGCAAGAUGUCGUAAUCGCUAAGUCCGAGCGAAGGCGCUAUGUCGCGGGAUUACAGCGGAGCAGCUCUUCGGGUCACAUGUUGGCUGUUGAUGGCAAUCCGCGUCGUGUAUGGCGGCGUCUCCUGCCUCAGCAACCCUUGCAUGCAUGGUAUAUGCAUCGACGAUAUAAACAGCACUUAUUCAUGUUAUUGCGUGGACGGCUACACAGGCGUCCAAUGUCAGACCAACUGGGAUGAAUGUUGGUCAUCCCCCUGCCUGAAUGGGGGAAGCUGCAUAGAUGGAAUAGCGUCAUACAACUGCUCGUGCCCUGACGGAUUUAUAGGCGACAAUUGCGAGACCAACUUCAAUGAAUGCGAGUCGAACCCGUGCCUGAACAAUGGCACUUGCAUUGACCUGACCAACGGCUACGUCUGCUCCUGUGUUCCUGGGUUCUCCGGGGACCACUGCGAGGUGGACAUCGCUGUGUGCAACACUACCGGGGAGGUGCGCUGUUACAACGGUGCUAAGUGCAUCGAAGGACCAGGGUUCAAGUUUUAUUGUGAAUGUUUGCCAGGGUGGGCUGGUCGGUACUGCGAGGACCAAAUAGACGAAUGCCAGUCGAACCCGUGUCAGAAUGGUGGUAUUUGCAUUGACAUACACGCGGAUUACAUGUGUGCUUGUGCUUUCGGAUACACCGGCAAGAGCUGCGAAGUACAAAUUGAGUUUUGCGACGAGAAUUCAUGUAGCAACAAUGCCUUGUGCGUGGUGGAAGACGGUGUAAGGGUAUGCUACUGUGUGCCCGAUUACCACGGAGAGCGGUGUGAGCUGCAGUAUGAUGAAUGUCUUCUUGGACCACGAUGCAUGAAUGGCGGUUCGUGUAUCGAUGGAGUGGACAACUUCACAUGUUCAUGUCCCCCUUUGCUCACGGGAACUCUUUGUGAAUGUUUGAUUUUGGAAGAUGGGACCUACGAUUGUGAAUAUGUCAGUCCCACACCUAUCACUAGUUCAACCGAACCAACGUUUUCUUUAUCUUCUUUACAAGAAGAACUGAGUUCUACUGAAAUAAUAACAGCGUACACUCCAAUAUUUAACGAUAGUACUUCAACGACCCCUCCUAUAAAAGAAACAGAAAUGACUACAAUAACUACCACAGUUUUACCAACAGAAAUUGUAACUACCACCGAAUUGACACUAACAGCUAAAGAAAUAAUAACAACGAUAAACUCUGAAACGGAAACAAUUCAAACAACAGAAUUCACAGCUACUUCAGAAACUGAUACCACAUUAACAUCUUUAACUGCAACUGGUGAAGUACCGACAGCUGUUACUAUAGAUUCAGAAAAUUCUAGAACUGAUAUACCAACAGAAUGUAAAGAGAACUGUGAGACAACCGAUUCAACAACAAAUUUGGUGUCAGUAGACACAGAAACUACAUUAACAGAAAUAAUCGUAGCAGAUACAACAACAAUAGUUACGACUAAAGAAACACCAGAAUUUCUAACACCGAUUACAACUGAGACAGAAAUAACAGAUGUGACUACAUUACCUUCAAAUGAAUCGGUUUUUACAACAGAAUCAUCUACACCUAUUGUUUCAUCGUCUACAUCACUUAUGACAACAGAAAUAUCAGCAGAAAUGACUUCGACUCCCAAAGGAGAUGUUACUACAGAGAAAAUGUUCACCGACACUCCAACUGAACACGCGGCAACCGAACAUCCUUUGACAACAGAACACUCGACAACUGAAGUCAUGGAAUCGACCACUAGUUUUGAAACUUCCACUUUGUAUACCACUCAACAAUAUGAAUGUUCUGAUUCGAUGUGUCACAAUCAUGGAAACUGCAUCAAUACUCCGCAUGGCAUUCGGUGCCAUUGUUACUUCAACUACGCAGGACGGUUUUGCGAUGAGACAAUCACAAUCACCUCGGCAGCUUUCGGAGGAAAUUCAUUCAUAACUCAUAAAUUGAGUAAUGAGACAUCAAUAAGUAUAGAAUUCAAUGCUAGAACUCUCAUAACAGAUGGACAAAUAAUGCACGUCGAUAUAGCUAAAGGAGUCUACAUGGAGUUGUGUAUGAUGUCUGGGCUACUGAAAUUUAAAUUUUCCUGUGGAUACCAGACCAUGCUGUUGAGUGAACUGAAAACGUUUGUCAAUAAAGGGUAUCCUAUGAAGAUCGAAACCAGAUUGGAUCUCUACUUACAAGAACAACAUUGCAACGCGACUCUUCGCUUGAACGACACCGUAGCAAUGAGUGGGGGGCAGGUGGCCAACAUCUCGAGUUUGGACCACAACACUACGCUUUACCUCGGCAAUGCACCCGACGUGAGAGACGCUGACACCAAGCCAUUUGUUGGCUGCAUCAAGGAUCUGAUUGUAAAUGGAGAGAAACGGUCCGUGUUUGGAGACGCGGUGGAGGCUGGCGAGGUGAGCGAGUGUUCGUCUCUGGCGUGUCUGUCAGCGCCCUGUCUGAACGGAGGGUACUGCAACGAUAGCGGAGAUGGAUAUACCUGUUCCUGCAGUAAUGGUUGGAGCGGUUCCCACUGCGAGAGCUCCAUAUGCGAGAACAACCCGUGCCAGUCAGGCGGCAGUUGCGUGCGGCACCCCGGCAGUGGAUUCCUGUGCCUCUGCCCCUACGGGAAACAUGGCAUCUUCUGCGAGUAUAAUGUGGAAAUAACCCGACCAUCGCUGGCCCCAAUCAGCACCGGCGUGUCAUCAUACCUCAUCUACCCUCUGUCUCCGAUGGCCCUCAACUCGGACCGUUUAGACAUCCGCCUGCGCUUUCAGACCGCGGACAUGGAACAAAUCGCGUUGCUAGUCUUCGUGGGGCAGGCGGGUCGCCAUGACUCGAGGAGCCAACAUCUAGCUCUGACCUUUGUCAAGGGAUACAUUAUGCUGACUUGGAAUAUGGGCAGUGGUCCUCGACGUGUGUUCUCAUCUCGGGCCCUAACCCCUCGUCGCGGAGGUCACACCGUGCGAGUGUGGAGGAGAGGUCGCUCGGCCGGGUUCAGCGUGGACAACCGCUUCAACGCGUCCGGCAAUGCGCCCGCGCACCAACCCAAGAUGGCCUUGUUGCCUUACGUCUAUGUUGGAGGCCACCCAUCCCCGGGUUUCUCGGAUCUUCCCCACGACUUGCCUCUCCACUCUGGUUGGCGCGGCUGCGUGUGGGACGUGGCGGGCGCGGUGGGCAGCCGGCCCGCAGCGGGGCGCGGCGCGGGGCAGUGUGGCGUGGCGCAAUGCACCGCUAAGUCUUGUAACGCGCCGCACGGAGUGUGCAUACACUCACCAGCUACUUAUGGGUGCAUCUGCAACGAAGGCUGGUUUGGCCCCACGUGUUCCUUCCGCCACAGCGUCUGCGGCAGCUCGUCGCCGUGUCGCGGGCGAUGCGUGCUCACGGCAUCAGAGCCACAGUGCGACUGCCCCUAUGGAAAGACGGGCAUUUACUGCGAUCAAGAUCUCAUCCCAACAGAUGUUCUGUUCACUGGCACUCGAUCCUAUGCCCAAUUAUAUCCUCGGCCAAUCUCCAGCGUGAGCUUAGCUUUUGAAGCAGAGAUCAAACCGAGUAAAGAACGGGGACUGAUCGUGUUUGCACAAACCCCACAUUUUUACACCGCAUUAUCCCUACAAGGAGGUCUUUUGGAGUACAGGUGGACAGAUCGUCUAUCAGGCUUGACGUCCCUGGUUCGAAGUGGGGUAGUAAUAUCGCUCUCACAAUGGCACAGCGUGAAGGCGGGUCGCUAUGGCAGCCGCCUAUACGUGUGGGUGGAUGGAGCCAUCAGCACCGAAGCUAUGAGAGCCCACGCCUAUCCACACACCUCCAGCAACGCUACUAUAUUCUUAGGUGGAGCAAAGGAUUUAUCGACAUUACCAUUUAAUGCGAUGUCGGGAGCUGUCGCGUCGUAUGCUGGCUGCAUCAGAAACUUCCACGUCAACAAUGUUUUGUUGACACUGGAACCUCACAACAUACUGGAAGGUGCUAACCUAGAAGACUGUGACGGCACUCCAUGCGGCGCGGAGGCGUGCGGCGGCGCGUGCGCAGUGGAGGGGGGACGAGCUCGGUGCGCGUGCACUGGCAGCGGGGUGGCGGGAGGGGGGAGAUGCCGCAGGGAGGCCGCCUGCCCCUCCACGAGGUGCACGGCGCCUGCUGGCUUCUGUAGGAAGGGGAAAUGCGUGUGCACCGCGGGUUAUGGGGGGUCCUAUUGUGAGAAUAGAAUAAACGUAACGAUCCCUCAAUUCGAUGGUACCAGUUUUCUAUCCCCAAACCGCCUGACGACCACAGUACACCGCGUAGCAGAACAAAGAGUACCCACAAAGCAAUUCCGUGGCGGAUAUGUGGCCUUUAACUUUACCACGGCACAUACGAGUGCGCUAUUGUUUUGGUUGAAUAUGGAAACGGAGUAUUUCGGAAUUGGUCUCGAAGGAGGCUUCCUCAAGCUCGCGUGGUCUUCUCCUCGCAACUUAACUCACGAGCCCUCAGUUCACUCCGCCACAUCCACUCGCCUGGUGCCCCACGCUGGGUUCCUGUCAGAUGGAGAAUGGCACACCCUAGUGAGCAGGCUAAAUCGAAGUAAUGUUACUGUAUCUGUGGAUGGAGUACUGGUGUACGCGGAAGAGCCAGGCUUGAGCUAUAUUGAGUAUGAAGACGUAGAUAUAUAUAUAGGGGGUAUAACGGACCAUGAAAGUGCAGUAGCAAGGAAGAUAUUUCCCCAAAAUUUCAAAGGCUGCAUCGAUCAGAUAACCAGUGAUGAGCACACGUACCUGAACAACUACACAGAUGUUUAUAGCGAGAAUAUCAAAACGUGCCAAUUGUUCCCUCCGACAUAACGAGACUUAUAGAAACAACUGAAGUGAUAGGGGACACUAGAUCUAGUAAAAUACUCAUAGUACAAAAACAUUUCUAGUCUUCUAAUAACCAAAGUGUGCUUUAUGUAAUGUAGACUUUUUUAAAGUUUUGAUAACAUGAUUAUUUUUAAAAAGUUAUUGUAAAAAUCUUAGAACUUGUGUUUUUAUGGUUGUAAAAUACAAAAUUAAA